AUGCCGGGUUCACCCAGCUCCGCACCGGCAGCGGCUCUCCCCUCCUUCUUCUUCGCCAACGAUGCCGAUAAUCGCAUGACCGACGAAGACUACUUGCCGUCCUGGAGUAGGGCAUCGGCGACUUCGCCGCAUCCAGCAGCCGUCGAUGCGGAAGGCUCGGGCCAAGCUGCCGCAGGACCUUCGUCCUCGUCGAGAUCUGCGGGAGCCAAGGCAAACGGGCCGGGAGCGACGCAGAAGGACGUCGGGAUGGGACAGAGUCCGGUGCUGAACCCGACACAUCUCGUCGGGCUCGACCUCGACAUGGCAGAGUCGAGCGAGGCUCUCUCGCGCGCCAUCUUCGGUGGCAACAGCGCAAGCUCCUUCGCUUCGUCAUUCGCCAAGUUUCAAGACAGAUCACCCGACCUUGCUGAGACCCGCAAGUCCCCUCGCUCGCGCCGCAAGACCUUGUCAAACGACUCCUCAGCACCCCUCUCUUUCGCCAACGUCGCCUCUCUUUCCGUCACUUCGCCGGCUGGUUCGCCGUCCGUCUCCAGAGCGGGCUCGAGCAUCGUCGGCACGCAGCUGAGCACCGACCGGCCAAGGACCGCAUCGUCGAAGCAGCACGCUUCGGGCCCUGCUGACUACGCUGGCGCGCUGCCGGACGGCCUGCACAAGCGGUCGACGAACGCAAGCGGUGCAACAGAGCUAGACGAGCUGCGCAUACAGGCUUUUGCCAAGCUCGAGUUCCCGUCCUUCGACAUCUACAUUCAAAAGCUGAGCGUCACUAUUGGCCGUCGACCCGUCACGCCACGAGCUUCGACCUCUGCCGCAGCCGGUCCCUCCGUCCCUCUCUCCCUCGAAGAGGCCCAAAAGGCCGGCAUCUCGCUUGAGGAGUACAUUCUCAACCUCGAUCCCUCCGCACUCUCCGGCGUCGAGCCCCUUGCCACGCCGGCAUCUGUCAAGGGCAAGGAGAAAGCGGUGGACGAUCCUCUCGCCGACUUCCUCAUCAUGUCUCCUCCGCCCCAAACAGCGUCAGCCGUCGCUGCCGCGAGUACGUCAGCAAGCGAGAACUCGCGAACACCGAGCGCGCCUUCGACUCCUCAUCCCGACUCCUCCACCUUCACGGAUGUCGACCUUGGACCCCUUCGCGCUGUCUCCCGCCAACAUGCCCGCCUCUACUACGACUUUGACGCUGGCGCGUGGGUGAUCGAGGUUCUCGGCCGGAACGGUGUCGUCGUCGAGGGCAGGUGGCGCGCGAAGGGUCAGAAGGUUGUGCUCACGAAAAGGACGCGGAUCCAGAUCGCCGAGCGCAUCUUCCACUUUGUCCUGCCGACCAUCGACGUUGUCGCGGUCGAACCGAAUGGUGCUGUCGAGACGAUGGCGGACUCUGCGCAGGGCGCGAAGAAGGCGGUAGAAGGGGCCAAGCGCAAAGCCAGGACGAGCACGACAGGCUCGACGACUGAGCAUAAGCUUGCGGGAAGUCUGAGGAGCGGCGGAGACACUGUGGCUGUUGAGGCCAGAGCGAAGCAGGCCGGACCGGUCCUGUCGACGAACCCGCUGGCACCUACACCUCUCACACAAGCAACCUCGACCGCCUCUGAUGCCCCGCCAACCUCUCUACCGCCGCUCCCGCCCUCUGCGAUUUCCAAAGCGGCUCCGGCAACCUCCUUGUCUCGAGCCAUGCCCAUCGCCUCAUCGUCAAAACCCCCUCCUCCCGGCAAGAUGCCUGCUGGAAGUCCCGCGCCUUCACCCGCGCCGUCGUCCGCACGACCAUCUCCCUUGCCGACACCGACAGCUGCGUCCUACCGUCCGGUGCGGAGCACGGCGAAGAAGCCGCCACCUCCGGCUCCGCAGGCUGCCAGUCCGGCCGCUCGCGCUUCAUCUCUCGGCUUCGCUUCGCGCGCCAACUCUGAGGAGAUGGACGAGGCGAGCAUCGAGGCGGCUCGUCAGCGCGCCGCCGUCAUCGCCCAGCUCCUGUCCGGCGGAGCUGGUCCUGCUGCGAGCGGCAAGAACAGUCUCGUUCGCGCUGCUGCCGAAGCGAAGCGCGCAGGAAAGGGCAAGGCGCCGAUGCGUAUGGCGGGCAAGGGUCCUGGGAAGGGAAAGGGGCUCAUGCCUCCUCCUCGACGACCGUCGGAUCUCGGCUGGAGCGACGACGAAGACGACGAUCCCUUCGCAUCCUCGGACGAGGAUGACAGCGACGACGAGGAUGACGGCGCCUCACCCAUGGACGUCGAGAUCGUCGCUGCUGGUCAGAGUGGAGGAAAGGCUGUCGUCAAGCGGAGUGCGUCCGUAUCGACGGCGAGUGCAUCGCCGGCACCUCCGCCACCUGUCCCGUCAAAGGCCCCUCGCAAGGCCGGGAAGAUGCCGGCGAAGCAGCCUCGACAGCGACGAGACCUCCCUGUCGACUCGCAACCCGAAUCGACGGCGUCGCCAGCUCCUCAAGCGGCGGAAGUCUCUGCUCGACCUAGCGUUCCACCAAGCCUGCCUUCGACACUUCCCGCUCUUCCUUCCAUCUCGCCCUCUCCCGCUGCCGAUACACCACCCGCAUUGCCGACGCGCAGCCUGCUCCCGCCUCUUCCGCCGCUCAAACCGUCUCCCAGUCCGGCGGCACCGGCUGCUCCGCUUCCACCCGUACCUACGCCAGCGACAUCUCAGAAGAUUAGCAAGUCGAGCUCCUCGGUUGCGGCUCCGACGGCACAGAAGGCGAAGCCGAGCAAGAAGAAGGGCAAGACGGAGGACACGCCUGCUCCUGCCGAGGCGAAGAAGCUCGAAGCGUCGUCUGCAGCCAACAAGGCGACUGAAGGCGACGCGGUGUCACCCGCCAAGCCUCGCCCAUCGCCGUACGCGCCCGCCCCACUUCCUCCUGGCGUCCCUCCUCCCGACGCUGCGCCCGCCGACAACCGCACCGCCAAGCCGCCGUACACCUACGCCUCGCUCAUCGCGCAGGCGAUCAACUCGUCGUCUGCGAAGAAGCUCACACUGCACGAGAUCUACGACUGGGUGACGGACAAGUGGCCUUACUUCCUGGAGAACCAGAAGGGGUGGCAGAACUCGAUUCGCCACAACUUGACGCCGACGAGAGGGUUCCUCAAGGUCGUUCGGGAGAAGGACGACCUGUCGGGCAAGGGCUCGUUCUGGGAGAUUGACCCGACGCAGAUGAGCAACUUUGACGGCCAUCACUAUCGCAAGAAGCCGGACGGGCCGACGGGCGGCACGGCGUCGAACAAGGCCAAGGCGGAUGCGGCGGCGAAAGCUGCAGCGGCGGCGACUGCGCAAAUCACGGCGGCGGCGUCGCAGGCGCCUCCUCCGAUGAGCAAGGCAACGAAGAAGCCGACUCCUGCGAAGGCUUCGACGCCGAGCAACGCGCCUCUCUCGAAGCCUCUGCCGGUCAUUGUCGCGCCCAUCCCGGACUCGUACGUCCGGCCGUCGACGCCGACUGACGGAAGUCAGCCGACGGACGAGUUGACCGCCGCCCUGCUCGCCGACCCGCCCAUCGUCCUUCACGAAGGCAAGCUCAUCCUCAACCCGACUAUCUUCUCGGGCCUGAGUGAGACGGAGCUGGGCGACUUGCAGCGCCAGCCUGCGAGUGCGGCGCUGCAGACGCUUCAGGCGAAGGUUGUUCAGCACUUCAAGGACAAGAUGAAGAACAAGAGCGUGCACAAGUUCGCUGCCGCCGCCAAAGCCGCCGCGUCCUCCUCGAACGGCAAGCCCGCUUCUUCCGCCUCGCCCAAGACCCCCGCCGCCUCACUCCCUUCUCUUCCGCCUCUUCCAACGAAGGCCUCGUCCGCCUCGAAGGGGUCGCCCGCCCCGAAGGUCGUCGCCGCCAAAGCGCCGCGAGCUGGUCUCGUCGCCGCCAAGGCUCCGCGGUCCGCCGCCGCUUCGAAGGCAUCAAAGGCGCCCAAGUCUGCGUCUGCCACGACGACGGGCAAGCGCGCGCGCGAGGCCGACAUCGACUUGACCGCGCCGACUGCGCCUGCCAAACCUGCGAAGGUCGCGAAGAAGAAGUAG